AUGAAACAACUCAUGAAAGCCAAAUUUCUACCAGUAACAUUUAAACAAGAUGCUUAUCUAGAUUAUCAUAAUUUAAAACAAGGGUCCUUAUCAGUUACAGAACUCAUUGAAGAGUUUGAACGCAUGCGUUUGCGUUGUCAAGCGGAGGAAGCCGAUGAACAGGUUAUUGCUCGGUUUUUGGGAGUCUUACGCCCGGAGAUAUCUGACACCGUAUCCUUAAUGCAAUACUAUUCCUUUAAUGAUGUCUGCCGCCUUGCACUCCGGGUCGAACAGCAACUCGCUCGGAAAAGUAAACAACCCACCCGGUUUGUUCCACCUACCCGCACCCAAACGACACCAACCCGCGCCACUCCAACAAACCCGAACCCACCUACGACAAUACCGGUGGCCACUCAAUCAUCCGCUCCCCUCCGGUGCUUUAAGUGCCAAGGUAUAGGUCACUUGAAGCGUGAUUGCCCCAAUAAGCAACUUGUAGCUUUUGUUGAUGAAACCGACCCAACAUACGAUACUGACAAGGAAGAAGAUACAACCGAAAUCGUUUACCCCGAUCGCGGCGAGGCCCUCAUCUCACGCCGGGUUUUGAGCAUCCCUGUAAGCGACACCGAUGACGACACUAAGUGGCUUCGACACAACAUUUUUCGGACAAAGUGUACAGCUAAGGGACGAGUUUGCAUGGUCAUAAUUGACGGCGGAAGCUGCGAGAACAUAGUGGCCCAUACAAUGGUUGAAAAACUGGGACUCCAAACCCAGGAGCACCCGAAUCCGUACCAAAUCACGUGGUUAAAAAAGGGGAACCUAGUUAAAGUUACUCAACGAUGUUUGGUGCAGUUUUCAAUCGGUAAUAAAUACACAGAUGAGAUUUGGUGUGAAGUGGUUCCAAUGGAUGCAUGUCAUCUUCUAUUGGGGCGUCCAUGGUUGUAUGAUAGAAGAGCCAAACAUGACGGGUUCAGAAACACCUACAUGUUCAAGAAAGACGGGUUACACAUCACAUUAGCACCCCUUAACCCGCGCGACGAGAAGCCGGAGGUCCCCACCAUAAACAAGUCAGAAUUUGUUGGUCUUGCUCGCACCGUUGCUGCCCCAGUUUUCAGUCUCGUCAUUAUCGAGAAAAAUCCGGUGUCGCCUACCCCACCAAGCGAGGUACUACCCUUACUUCAUGAGUUUUCUGAUAUUUUUCUCGAUGAUAUUCCAGCAGGUCUCCCCCUUAUGCGGGAAAUACAACAUUGUAUUGACUUUGUUCCCGGCGCGAGCAUUCCGAAUAAGCCGGCUUACCGAAUGAACCCUAAAGAAUUUUCUGAGUUACAACGGCAAGUGACGGAGUUACUUGAGAAAGGCCUAAUCAGAGAAAGCAUGAGUCCUUGCGCGGUUCCGGCUUUAUUAGUGCCCAAACCAAAUGGCACGUUUCGUAUGUGCAUCGAUAGUCGUGCUGUGAAUAAAAUGACAAUUAAAUACCGCUUCCCGAUCCCUCGUUUCGACGACUUACUUGAUCAUUUGCACGGUGCUACAGUUUUCACCAAACUUGAUCUUUGUAGUGGAUAUCACCAGAUACGUAUGCGAGCCGGAGAUGAGUGGAAAACUGCUUUCAAAACUCGGGAUGGGCUAUAUGAAUGGAUGGUCAUGCCUUUCGGCCUAUCUAAUGCACCCAGUACAUUCAUGCGUUUGAUGAACCAUAUCUUCCGGUCGUUUAUUGGCAAGUGUGUGGUCGUAUACUUUGACGACAUCUUGGUAUUUAGCAAGGAUGUGGCACAACACCUUGUACACCUUCGAGAUAUUUUUAUGGUCUUACGAGAACAGAAACUAUAUGCUAACAAGAAGAAGUGUCAUUUCUUAGCCUCGGAAGUUCUGUUUUUGGGUUAUUUGGUCUCUGGGUCCGGUAUUCGAAUGGAUCACUCGAAAAUUGAAGCAAUUACAUGGUUCAUCCGCAAUUUUAGCACCAUCGUCGCACCCUUAACGGAUUGUUUAAAAAGCUCUCAGUUCGUAUGGACACCCGCAGCUGAAAUCGCAUUCUCGAAACUCAAAACAGUGGUCACUGGAGCACCUGUCUUGGCACUUCCAAAUUUCGAACAGGUAUUCCAAGUAGAGUGUGAUGCCUCGGGGUUGGGCAUUGGGGGCGUCCUUAGCCAACUCAACCGACCAAUUGCCUUCUUCAGCGAAAAAUUCAAUGAGACCCGACAACGGUACAGCACCUACGAUAAAGAAUUCUAUUUGAUCGUCAGAAGUUUAGAGUAUUGGAGGCACUAUUUAUUACCGAAUGAAUUUAUUUUAUACUCCGAUCACCAAGCUUUGAAAUUUAUACAGGGGCAAGCAAAACUAAACCCACGGCAUGCCAAGUGGGUCGAACUCCUACAAGAUUUUAAUUUUGUUAUUCGACACAAGGCGGGCGCGUCAAAUACGGUGGCAGAUGCAUUAAGCCGCCGUCCAGCCCUCUUCAUCUCCUCCACAGUUCAUGUUGCAGGUUUCGAGUCCGUGCAGCCUCUUUAUCAAGACGACCCCGAUUUCAAGUUAGUGUGGGACAAGUGCUCGGCGGCACCGUUUCGCGAUUUUGUACGGCGGGACGGGUUUUUGUUCAAAGGUAAUCGUCUGUGUAUUCCAUUGUCUUCUUUACGAGAGGCGGUUAUUCUCGAGUGCCACCAAGGCGCAUUGGCAGGUCAUUUUGGUCGAGACAAGAUGUAA